ACGGUUUCAUUUCAGACGGCCUUGGAAUAUUACACAAUUUACAAAGCUCAUUAACCUUCUUCUUGUCUCUGUUGUUCAUCUGUUCAGACUUCAAAAGACUUUUCUCUUUGUAAUCGAGACACUGAAGAGCCAAUGGCUUCACUCUCUCAUCUCUCUCAAUUUCCAUGCAAGACUCUUUCUUUAAUCCCAUCUCAUCACCAGCUCACUGCUGUAAAGCCUUCGAUUCUUCCUCUGAACUCAGCCAGGAUUUCGCAAAGAAUUACUAAGAAGUCUUUGAAUUCAAGGCCCGUCUUUGUGACUCGGGCCGUGGACGAUGACGAGUGGGGUCCCGAUAGGGAAGAAGAAGGUGGCGCCGUGGCCGUGGUAGAGGAGGAGAAGCCCAAAGAAGUGACGGAGAUUGAUAACUUGAAGAAGGCGUUAGUAGAUUCGUUCUAUGGGACCGAUCGUGGGUUGACGGCGACUAGCGAAACUAGAGCGGAAAUUGUUGAGCUUAUUACACAGCUUGAAGCUAAAAAUCCGACUCCCGCACCGACUGAGGCGUUAGCUUUGCUUAACGGCAAAUGGAUUCUUGCGUAUACAUCCUUUUCCGGUUUGUUCCCCUUAUUGUCAAGGGGUUCAUUGCAAUUGGCGAGAGUGGAGGAGAUAUCUCAGACAAUUGACUCAGAGAGCUUCACUGUCCAGAACUCUAUCCGGUUUUCUGGACCAUUGGCUACAACAUCCUUUAGUACCAAUGCCAAAUUUGAAGUCCGAAGUCCCAAGCGUGUGCAGAUCAAGUUUGAAGAAGGCAUCAUUGGGACUCCUCAGAUAACAGACUCAAUAGUUUUACCAGACAACGUGGAAUUUCUGGGACAAAAGAUAGAUCUGGCCCCCUUAAAAGGCUUAUUCACUUCAGUCCAAGACACAGCUUCAUCCGUUGCAAAGACCAUUUCUAGCCAACCACCAUUCAAAUUCCCAAUCUCAAAUAGCAACGCACAAUCAUGGUUACUAACGACAUACCUCGAUGAAGAGCUCCGUAUUUCAAGGGGAGACGCUGGCAGUGUGUUUGUGCUCAUCAAGGAAGGAAGCUCUCUAUUGACGCCAUGAACCCACCUGUAAAAUUCCCUUCUAUUAUUAUAAUUUUCUGGCCCCCAUAGAUAUAUAUACGCUCCUUGUCAAGGAGAGUUGGAUUUGUGAAAUAAUACAUGGGUGUGAACAACUCAGAAACAGAAACAUGAUUUUAUAAUUUAGUACUGUCAGAUAUUAAACAGUUGACUCUCA